AUGAACAACCACCGUGCUCGCGACAUCAAUUCAAGCGUGGGCUCACCACCUGUCCGUCUUGCCGCCACUGAAGUCGUCCCUCAGGACAUCGACCUCCUCAACCGUUACUUCUCGACCAAAACGAUGUUUGGCGUGAAGCUAGGCUGUGGCGAGGAAGCCAGGCAAAUUCUCCAAGCAAGCUUGACUGAUCCGCCUAUACGACACGCAGUCUUGUCGCUCAGAGCAUUUCGGGAAGAUCUCGAGGCAUCUGGAGACGAUCCAACGUCUGUCGCACAGAAGACCCACAGCUAUCACUAUGGUCUCCAGCAAUACAACAUGGCUUUGGGGGGUAUUGCAUCCAACUUGUCGUCUCUGGGCCCAAACAGGUUGAAGUCGGUAUUACUUUGCUGUCAGAUCUUCAUCGGCAUUGAGCAAGUGCGGAAGGACUAUGCUGCUAUGGUGCAGCAUAUCAUUCAAGGACUCAGGAUCAUGCAAGAGUACCGGGCAAGACCAACUUUUGACGCAACGGAGAAAUUAGUGCCAGCAUACCAUGAACAAUUACCCUUCCUGGAUGCUUUUGUCAUCAAGCUGUUUGCCGCUCCAUGCAGAUUUGCGGAACCUCCAACAGUUCCCAAUGUAAGCGGAACGACUUUGCCUGUGUGCUUAAUUCCGCCCCAUCAACAGCCUGUCGAAUCUCGCGACCUUCGCACGCUUGCGCCAAACAUGCGGACCGAACUGACAAAGAUCGCUACAUCGACGCUUAAAUUUCUCGACAAAGUAUCGCAAGUCGAAUCGGUAGGAGCCGCUUUACGACUACUAUCCGAGAAAGCAGCUCUGUUGGACCAGUUGGAAUCAUGGCUCAUUGAGCUUGAGAUCGCCCAGAGGGAGAUCAGAUCUUCUAGCCCUGAGCCUAUUUCAGCGUCUUUUUUACGUCUCUUCCAUCUGACACUGAAAAUCGUUCUCCUAGGGGCACUCAACUCUUCGUCGGACAUGGAUGCCGAGCUGCGGGCCGAGAGCCGCCAACUGCAGGACUUAGCCAACGAUGUGGGUCAGAGAGUCAAGGCUUACAGAAUGUGUAGUGGGACUAGAGUCGGUCAAAGGGAACACUGCACGCCACGUUGA